GCAAUCGCCGACUGCCUAUCGAUAGCAGUGCGUAAAUAUGUUUCGCACGUGUUGCAUUUGAAAGAAAAGUGGUCGUAAACAAAAGUGUUUUUUCCGUGAAUUAAAGCAGCCAGGUGCAAAUGAAGUGAACGGUAUCAAGUGCAAACUGUACAGACAUGGCAUCCUUAGCGGAAAAAACGAAGGACACCAAUACCUUUCGGUUCAAAUCUUUCGGAGAUCGGGUGAAUGAAAUCGACCUGCGGCACUUGGCCCUCUACCACAUCGGCCAUCGGAACGAGGAGCUCGACGAAGAGGAGAAUGCCACCUACUUUCAGCAGACAAUUCAGAAAUGGAACGUGCUCAAUCUCACCGAGGAGUACAACUACUUCAGCAAGCGCUGUCGCAAGAUAGUCACUCUGCCGCAGCUGUUGCACCAGAAGGACUUUGUUGUAGACCUGUUGCUCGAACGUCUGUCCACCGCCACGAAUUUGUCCCAGCAGCCACUGCUGGAACUGCUCUAUGUUCUGGCCAGGGAUCUCCGCGAGGAGUUCUACCCCUACUUUCAGCGGGUCCUGGACCGACUUAUUUGCCUGCUGAACACCCAAGACUCAGAGCAACUGGAAUGGACGCUCAUCUGCCUGGCGCAUCUGUUCAAGACCCUCAAGCCCUAUCUGAAACGCAACAUCGGUGUUGUCUUCAAUGCAAUUCUACCGCUUCUGGACGAGCAGCACUAUGCCGAGCAUGUGACUAACUUUGCGGUAGAGUGCUUUGCAUACAUUGCACGAGAUGUCCGUGAUUUCCCGCGUUUUCUGGCCUAUGUGCUGAAGACUGUGUUGCGGGAGCAGGUGGAGAGUGUCCACGGCUGCGGGCGACUCAUCUACGAAAUUCUGCGCGGCGUCAAUGGACAGCUGCAUAAUUCGGCGGCCGAAAUCUUCGCCCAUGUCCUGGAGGUACUCGUCAACAAGGAUUUCGCUCACACCAAGGCACAGACAGAACUUUUGGGCGAAAUCGUGGAGUAUUCUUUGGGACUGUUGCUCAACUUUCUGCGGUCUGAUCAAAGCAACAUCCUGUGGCAGAAACUGUGUUCGGUUGCAAGCAGUGAAAGUGUGGAUGAGCAAAAGGUGAUCGGCCUAAUGCUUCCCCUGGUCACUCACAAGGAUGGACGAUACGUCUCCGAGCUUCCGCUGGUAGUCGCCACUUUGCUAAAACUUUUGGACCGGGAACUGGAUCCUCUUCAGCCAUUAACAACAUUGGUCACCAGUCUGUUGAAGGCUCAGUACACUCAACUUACCCAGUUGGAUGCUAGCCGUCUGCUGCAAAAGCUUUUGAGCAUUAGCCGAAAACAAGUAACCGUGUACGAAGACGCCAUUCUGCAGCUUCUGGACUAUUCACAGUUUGAGAUUCUGGUUCUGCCCAACGUCAUUGCUUACUACGAGGAACAGAGUCAAAUAAGCGCGCUGGAGCUCCUGGCUCGCAUCGUUCAGCACAAACGGCCGCUACAAGUAGAUGGCAACUCACUGGCACAAUGGGUGGCGUAUCCCCUCCAGUUAAAACAAAAGGACACCAUUAAAUUCGUGGAACAAGAACUUCUGCACUUGGACCUGACCAAAGAGGAACAUCUACUACUUAUCAUCCUAGUUCCCCAUUUAAGGGGAUUUAGCAAAGCGACCAUAGAAAAGGGGUUGCAAUCACUUAUUGAGAAGAUCAUAUGCGAUAACGAAAAGGAUUUUACACAGCUGCUCUUGCUACUUCAAACUCAUGCAUUGCUCAAAUUUAACUUACCUAAGAGUUUGCGAUCUGCUCUUAAUGGUUACCUUAUUCCCGAACUGGGAAAGGACCUUCGAGCUUUGGCUUGCUUGCAAGUGGUUCUUUUACAAGGUCCUAAGAACGAGCUAUCUUCUUCGGAAGAAUUACUUUUCGCAAUUGCGAGUCUUCUAAGCCAGCCUGUAUCCCUAUACAGACGCAUAGCUGCCCACUGCUUGGAUGUGCUAAACUCUUUGAGCAAACCCAAUCCGUAUUCCCACUUUUAUGCCGCCGCCUGCAUCGAGCCCACCGUCCACAAUUACCGAGAGCUACUCCUCCAACUGCAGCAAUUGGAACCGGCGUCUGCUCAGUUCAAACAAUUCUCCCAGUUGCCGCAUUUCAAGGAGCACGCCGUUAGUCUUUUGCUUGGCCUGUUAUACAACAACUUUAAAUUUGUGUGGGCUCCGGUUCAACAACUACUGGCUGCCUACGCCAAGACUAUGGCAGUUGAUGAAUUCUGGACAUUAUUUAAGACCAAGUUAGUCGACACAGUCGCCUGCAUAGACUACAAAAAGGAAGUAACAACUUUGCAAGUGCCAUAUCAAAGGGACUACCAAUCGGCGGCACUAACCAUGCUUCUUCCCUUACCUGGAGAGCAACAAUUGACCCUUCAGCAGGCCCUUAACUACCGCCAGCUUCUAUGGCAGAGCGUGCCCAAAUUGGGCACUCUUGCUGAAGUGAAGAAUGCAGACUUAGUGCGAUUAUUUUUGCAGUUUGUAGAUAGUGAGUAUCGGGCUCAAUUGGAGAAAUCAGAGCACACUUGGAACGUGAACGAGGCGACGGCCGCGGAUGUCGAUGUCGAGGAGGAUGAUGAAAACGAAAACAAUGAAACCAAACCCGAGCCCCGAGGCCGUCAAAAGAGAAGAACCCAAAAUGCCCACACAAAGUUUAUACUGCAAACGCUUCAGUUAAAACUGGCCUGCUUUGUAUCCCAGCCCAACCCCAAGGCUUUGCAUCGUCAGGCGGAGAUGCAUGACUUUUAUCUGGAGCUUCUAGCAGGUCCUAACUCCCAGUUGCAACAAUUGGCUUUGGACUGCCUCGCGGCCUACAAGCAACCAGCAGCUUUGGUACAGCAGAAGACGCAGUUAUCGGGACUAAUUGAUGAGGAGAAGUUCAAAACAACGCUCAGUGGCUUCGAACUGUCUAGCAUUACGGCUCAGCAAAGAUCAGAGCUGAUUCCCUUUAUGCUGCGAGUGCUGUACGGCAAAAUGCUCACCAAGGGUGUCCAAAAGCAACUGAGUGCCCAGUUGCGAAAGACGCUGAUCCUGCGCUUCCUGGGCCAGUUGGAGGAGUCGGAGAUUAUGGAUUUUCUGCAAAUGGCGUUCGGUAGGUUUUCUGCCUACACCGAUAAGCCCGUGAACGAGGUCGCAAAAUAUGCUCGAGAAUCAUAUGAUCCGUCAGCGGUUAUUGCAGCCAAGCAAUUGCAGAGGAUCGUCAAUCUACUAGAACUCAUUCGCAAGGAGUUCGCCGGCAAGCUGACGGCUGACUUCCAAUGUUACGUUCUCAAAUUACUUCUGCUCGUGGGGAGCGUAGCCCAGGAAGUCAUCAAUGGAGAAGGAAAACUGGUAGCUGCCUACAAGAAUGUGAAGCACUCGGGUCUGCAGACUCUGGUCAACUACUUCGGCCAACUGGUGGACAUGGAGGAGUUGUGGCAAGAGCCACAGAUGAAUGCUAUUUGCGAAGUCUACCUUUGGCCAGGCAUAGCUCGGAUUUCGCAGGACUCCAUUCACACGCCCACCCCCAUGCUGAAGUUGCUUCUCUUGUGGGGCGGAGAGCCCCGCUUUCAGAAAUGGUUAAAUAAGGCUUCUCCUGCCGAUAAACUUCCGAUAAUGCACCACCUAAUGGCUCUGCUACUAAACGAAAAAGCCAAGCCGAAUGUCAAGCGUGCACUCUUGCAGGUGGUGGAACAUCUGCUGGAAUCGGCAGCCACAGAGGAGUACGGAGCGGAGGCCUUGUCUAUUGUACAUCCCCACAUUCCAGCGAUCCUUCAACAGCUGCAGAACAGCUGGCGUCACAAGAAGGCAGGCAGACAAACGCUCGACAAGAGGGAACUUAAUAUUUUAACUCUUAUUACUUCGCAUGUGGAGGAGCCAGAUACUUGUGAACUGCUACUGCAAGUACUGCUGCCGAUAUUCACCAAACAAUCAGCUUCAGCUGCGCCAGAGACAGUCGUUCAAUUAGUCACCACACUGGCCAAUCUUCUAAAACGUGUCCCCAAACCGCAGAAUUAUCUGCGCCAGUUGGCUCCACUCUUCGAGCAGGUUAGUGCGCUGCCUGCUAGAAAGUUACUGUGCGAUCUCUUGGCAGACAUGGCAAAAAGACUGCACAAGGAGGCAAAACAAGACUCCGAGCUCUCCCCCAUUGCCGCAUCCUUGCGGGAGUGGGUCAGGAUUGUGCUGCUGUUGAACGCCUGGGACAAAAGAUGGCUGGAGCAACCGGACUACGAUAAGCGUCUGGAAGCUCUAUCAGAGCUUAAGCAGUUGGUGGAAAAGAAAGACAAAACGAUCGACUUGCAACUUGGAGUUCUUGUUGUCUACAACUGCUUUUAUAUGCUGCGCCACGAUUCGGACUUGGGCAUGCGAGUCAACAUAGGAGAACUAUUAAAGCCACUGCUUCCUUUAAUAACGCUCCAACUAGAGGUUAAGGAGGAUGUGCAAUUCUGGCUGGAAGACACGGUGUUGCCUUUGCUACAACGCUGCAUGAGAGAUGAAAAGCACGAGCAUGCCAGAAGUGAGGCCAUCGGCCUACUUGGCGAACUGGCACGCCAGUGUCCUGCUGCACACGAUAUCCUGAAGGAUCUCUCGCCGCUAACGGAUAAACACGACCUGGAGGUGGACUUCUUUGAGAACAUGCUUCACCUGCAGACCCAGCGGCACGGUCGCGCCCUGCAGCGCUUGGUUAAUAUCUCCGGAGGCAGUUGGCGAACGGCUCCACCGUGUGCCCGUACCCUCACGCAGUUCCUCCUGCCACUGGCCACCCGGUAUCUUAUGAGUGAAAGGCAUUCGGGCAAACACACGCUUGUGGAUGCCGCCAUCGAGGCAGUUGGUGUGAUGAGUGAAUUCCUGCCCUGGACGCAAUACCAAGCAGUUCUUCGCUACUACCUUCAAAAAUUGAGACACGUCCAUAGCCAGCAGAAGCAGUGCGUCAGACUUGUUGUGCGUAUCCUGGACGCCUUUCAUUUUGACUUGACCCAGGCGCAAACGGACUUAGCUUCACUCGCCAAGCUGAAGGAAAAGCUGACAGAGGUAGUGGAAACGAAGGAACCAGCUGAGGAAUCAGAUACAGUUAACGUUAAAGCGGAAGAGGAUGCUGAAGGCGAUGAGAUACCCGUAAAAAAGGAAGACGAUCAGUCGGACUUUAUUGUCUUCGAGGAAGAAGAUCAGCACGAACCAGUGGUGGAACAGCAGCGCAUCCAACUCCUUGCUCCCAACGCUGCCAAAAAGGUCAUGGCCACUAUUACAACAGUUUUGCUGCCAACCCUCAACCGAUCAAUCACCGAAAAAACCAACUACGACACCAAGCACAAGGUAAACCGUCGACGAUUGAGCUACGAGCGCGAGGAAGAGGAGAUUCAACGGGUGCCCAUUGCCCUGGCUAUGGUUAAACUGCUGCAGAAACUUCCUUUGGAAUUAUUGGAGAACAGUUUGCCUGGAAUCUUCAUGAAGGUCUGCACAUUUCUGCGAUCCCCCCUGAAAUCCGUUCGCAUGCUUACCCGUGACAUUCUGAAAAAGAUUAUGAGCACCCUGGGUGGCAGCUACUUGGGAAUGCUGUUGGAGCAGUUGCAAUCUUUGCUGACACGAGGAUUUCAGGUGCACGUUCUCUCUGUAACCCUCCACGGUGUUUUGGAUGCUCUGAAGAGCGACCUGCAACCAGUCCAUAUUGAAAAUUGCCUGCAGAACCUGUUGGAAGUGGCUCUCAAUGAUAUAUUCGGCGAUGUGAACGCCGAGAAGGAGGUGGAGAAAAUUGUGGCCCACACGCCAGAAGCAAAGCCAAGCGCGAAGAGCUACCUAACACUGAACAUAGCCGCUCGUCAUAUUCGGGACAACUGCCUUUUGGACCUGCUUCUGCCGUUCAAGGAGCACUUGGCUCGAUCUCACUCCCGAAAGGUCACGCAGAAGAUUCAAGAGUGUUUCGCCAAAAUUGUGGGUGGCUUGGUGGAGAACACACACAUUGCAAGGGAGAGUCUGCUGAUAUUCAUAUACGGCACGAUGUCGGAGAGCAUCAGUGACCUCCUUCCAGGCACCAAGAAGCGGCAGCUUUCUGAAAAAGAGCAAGCUCUAAUGAAGAGGUCUCGGCCUGACUGCCUGAUCUUGCAGGCGGCGCCAGGUAGACGAAGUGUGGCCAUCGGUAACAAGCAAGUAAAGUCUAACGCACAGGCCAAUGCUCACAUUCUGGUCGAGUUCGGCUUGGAGCUCCUACAUUUCGUGCUGAAACGAAAAAAGCUAACGGAUCUGGAUUACCAGCCCUUCCUGCAUCCGCUUUUACCACUUCUGAAAGAUUCUUUGAGCAGCAACCAUGCCAGGACCACCACCUACGCCCUCAAGUGCUACACGGCCAUUUGGUUGGGGGAGUACGAGCUGUCUGAUCUGAACCGUGAGGCACUUCAACCAGUGGUUGCACGCAUGUUUCAGAUCCUUAAGAAUUUUUCAACAUUUGGUGCAACUCGGCAGGAGGAGAACGCUCAGCUGGUCAGGGCGAGCUUCAAAGCAGUGGUGGCCCUGCUGCGCAAGUGCGAGGACUACCAGCUGAGCAAUGAACAAAUCGAGCAGCUACUUCUACACAUCGAACAGGAACUGCAGGAGGGCGAGUGUAGCAGCCAAACCAUGGUAUUUACCCUACUGAAGGCGCUUGUGGGUCGGAAGGUGGACACCCGCUCCUUGCACGAUCUAAUGAAGCGUUUGGGUGACCUAUCUAUUACCUCUUCCUCGGAUUAUGUGCGCGAUGAAUGUCGUGGCGUUCUACUCACCUACAUCAUGGAAUAUACACUGCGCCAGAAGGUUGAGCAGAUUGUGAAGUUCAUGUCGGUUCAGUUGUGCUACAGUCAAACUGCUGGUCGUCAGUCGGCCAUUCAGUUUAUGCACUCCAUCAUCAACAAGUUUCCACAGCUCAUGCUAGUCAAACAGUCCGAGUUUUUAUAUCUUUCCCUGGGCACUCGACUGGUCAACGAUGAGGAUCCGUCCUGCCGACGCAGUGUGGCCGCUGCUCUGGAGGCUCUGAUCGGACGUCUCACCAAAGCGGAACGGCAGCCCCUGCUGGAUCUAACGCUACUGUUCUUCACUGCACCUCAGUCCAGUCAGAAGCCAGGAGUCAGAGAAAUGGCCGCUGCUCUUCUGUCACGAUUUGUGGAGGCUGAGAAAGCUGGUUUUGCGGAAAGGCUACCACUGGUUCUGCCCACUUUGGUGAACGUACUGACCUUGGGAGAUGCGGAUGCGGGAGGUAGAUUUGUGCGGGCUCCAGGACAUCUCGCCACCGAAGUGGAUGGAAGUGAUCUUCACAAAAAGAAUAAGCGAAAGAAAUUCGAAACCCUGCCGGAUGAAGAUAUACUGCUAGCUGGUCUAGACAAUGAAUCGAUUUUGGAGCAUCAGCAGCGGAAAGCUGACCAUCAGCUCAUCCAACUGCAGUAUUGUCUGCUCAAGAUCUUGGAGCAUUGCGGAGAGGUCUUGCUCAACAAUCCACAACUUUCUGACACCAUCGAUGAUUUGGCCUAUGGCUCUCAGAGACUUCUGAAUCACGACCACAACUGGGUUCGCUGCAAUGCUGCCAAGCUCUUGACACACAUCCUGGCCCACUUCGAUUUCGGCUAUGUUGGCCAGCAUUUAUCGGGAAUUAAACUAGAAGAAGAAGCUAAGAAGGCGCUGUACUUUAUUUACGCACAGCCUGCAGAGGACAUCAAAUCUUUGGUGCUAGAUCUGUGUGCUCAGGUGACGCCGGGCGAGACUGCGCAGGAGAUGAUUGACGAGCUGUCGAAGAUUCUGCUAUUCGUUGGGCAUAUGCUGAGGGACGUUCCGUUCAGUUUGAAACAGGAGAAGAACGAGGCUGAUGAGGAGCUAGAGCCGGUGAACAAAAUAAAUCUGAACUGGCUGGUUCGAAAUAUACGUUUCCUUAUUAACAAGGAAGUCGCUAAGGCGCCGCACGACAUCAGCAUAAGGACUGCUAUGUUUACGCUGAUAGAGGCGCUGUCCACGCUGCUCAGUGUGGAGUCCGUGACCCGACUGGCGCCGUCGUUUCUCCAGGCACUGGUUCGCGAAAUGUCUGAGGAGGAUCAGAACGUGGAUGCGGAACUGCGCCAGCAAGCUCUCCGCGUAGGCAGUCGCCUGAGGAAGCGCAUCGGAACCGAAGUGUACGACAAACUAAGAAAUGCGGUGCAGACAAAGCUGAUGGCUCGCCGCGCAGAGCGUCGCAAGGUAGUGGCCCAGGAAAAGAUUCACGACCCGGAACGGGCGGCCAAGCGAAAGGCUGGCAUGCAGGAGCGCAAGAAGGCGGCGAAGCGUCUAAAGGCGGCAGUUGUGCGGGGCAAAGCGCCGGACACAAAACAAAAGCUGAAAAAGCGCAAACGAAAAGCUGAGAUGGAUGGAUUUUAGUUAGUUAGUCGGUCUGCUUUAAUUUAAGUUCUUUUUAAGUAGAACGAAAAUACAACAAAAAUUGUAUCAUACGAAAAUUGAAAAAAUACAAUGCCGUUUUUGCAAU